GAUAAGCAGGACAUGGGGGAAAUCACCAGCUUCAAUAAGGCCAAGCUGAAGAAGACGGAGGCACAGGAGAAGAACACCCUGCUGACCAAAGAGACCACUGAGCAGGAGAAGCAAGCGGAGUGAAAUUUUCUAAGAACCUGGAGGAUCCUCCACUCCCAUCAUCUUGGAGACCCUAGCUGUGAUGUGGAGGAAGAGCCACCUGCAAGAUGGACAUGAGUGACAAGCUGCACUGUGAACCCAGGCACUCCUUGCUGAUGCCACCAGCCCAUAGGUCUCUGAGGGGACCCUCCAAUGGGACUGCCAAAUUCUCUGGUUUGCCCUGGAAUACUAUAGAAAGUUAUUUGUAUGAUUAAUGAAAAUAAAACACAC